UUCAACAUGGCGGAGGCAGCAGACGUAAAGAAACGCCGAAACGCCAAUUUUUCGGCGAAUGACUGCUUAUUGCUGGCAAACAUUAUGGGGCAGUCAUCAAACUUAAAUAAAACACUGACGAAUUACCAGUACGUUCGCCAUAAGUUCAACAGCAGCAUAACAUCAUCAACAAAGAAAAUAAACUGGACCAAAAUAACUGAGAACUUUAAUACUGUGGCAGAAGUUCCAAGGAAGACAGAGGACAUUGUUAAAAAAUGGGACAACCUGGUACAAACACACAGGUUAAAGUAUCAGGACUUCCAGAGGGAACAGUCUGCUACAGGUGGUGGUCCACAACCAGGAAAGAUGUCUGCAAUUACUGAGGCAGUGAUGGAUGUAAUUGGGAGGAAUUCAGUAAAUACAGUAGGAAUUCCUGGUUCUACAAAUUAUGAUUCUUCCUUGAUGAUGUUAGAAAGACUGACACAGAAGACCACAGACAACACCAAAACAACAGAGGAUAUUGACAUUAUAACAGAAAUUAUGUUAUCGGAUCAUGACAGUGAGGUAGAUCUAGUGGGGCUGAAAACAUCAAAAAGAAGUCUUCCAUCAACAUCAACAUCUUGCGCAAAGUGCCAAUGUUUAGACUGUUCAAGUAUGAGACAACUGAAAAGAAAGAAACUUGAACUUCAAAUUCAGUAUUUUUCAAAAAUUGAACAAUGAAUGCUGGUUUUUGUGUCGCCUCUACAGAGUAGUGGCGACAUAUAGGGAUCACUUCUCCGUUGUCUGUCUGUCUGUCCGUCUGUCUGUUACAAAACUUGUCCGGACUACUCCUCAUAAACUACUGGUGCAAUUUCAUCCAAACUUUACAGGAAUGAUCAGUACCAAGUCUAGUUGUGCAUAUUGUCAGCAUUUUCCAGUUCAAUGAAUUUUGUCAGAGUUAUGGCCCUUUAAUAAUUUUUUUUUAAUUUGUCUGGGCUACUUUUCUUAUACCACUUAUGCAAUUUCAAUGAAACUUUACAGGAUUGAUUUGUAGCUCAAGUCCUUGUGCAUAUUGCACUGGUUUUCCGGUUGAAUGGUUUUUGGUCGAGUUAUGGCUCUUUGAUAAAAAGGUGUUAUUUCUGUGUGUUGCCAGAUACACAAAAGCUUGUCCGGACUACUCCUCAUAAACUACUGGUGCAAUUUCAUCCAAACUUUACAGGAAUGAUCAGUACCAAGUCUAGUUGUGCACUGUCCGUCUGUCUGUCCGUCUGUCACAAAACUUGUUCAUUCAGAUAUAGUCCGGCUACAGUGAAAAUUAUAUUUUAUAAAUUUCACUAGUGAUUAAUCAGAAUAUAAUCAUCUGAUAUAUUACAAUAAAACACUGGAAAGCAUGAAAUAAUGAAAUGUUUCAAAUUAGCUUAAACAAUGUUUUUACAGACAUAUAAGUGAAUAACAUUUUAUAUUUGUUCUAGUAAACUUUAUUAGCUGCUAAAUAUAGAUAUAUUACUAACUUAGAAAAAUUGUCACUUUGCCUGGAACUUACAAUUACUUGUAUACCAACAGGCACAAUUUAAAUGUCCAGCAAAAAGGAAUCAAGAAGCACUUGGAUUUAAAAGCAUAAUAUUAUGUCUGUUUAUUAGUUUGAGCAAAUGAACUUCAUUUUUGAGUUUUUCAUUUUGAAUUAUACAAUAACAUUUACUUACUUAUCAUCAAAAGUAUGUCUGUACUAUAUGAUCUCUGAAUCUUAGACCAUUCU